CGCUUCAGUGUGGACGAAUUCUCGAUCCAAGGACACCAUUCAACUCAGCUCGGCGCGGCGCAUCUUACAAUGCCCAAAAGUGUCCGCUUGGACACAAUAGGAGCCAGGUUGCACUCACUGGGCAACCUACGACAUGCGAGCUCUACUAAAAUGAUGCGUCAUUUUGUUGCAUUUUCACUACUGUUAUUCGUUUUGGAAAUCUCAGUCGAGGCGUCUUUUCUGUCGAGGCAUUUUGGCAGGUCAUUUUGCCUUGUUACCAAAGAUACUGGGUGCAGAGCACGUUGCUUGAAACAGAAUUGCCAAAACGGACACUGCAAAAUAGUAGAAAGAGGACUCCAAUGGGGAUGUUUCUGUGAGGACUGUUCCGGUGGUCAAGCGAAGAACUAGCGUGGAGAGAUUCUUGGUCCUGUACCUAUUUGAGCUUUUUGCGCAAGAUACCAGUAUGAAGUUAUUAUGAUGCGAG